AUGGCAACAUAUCUAAACCCUGCAGCUGAAAUAUUUAUCCCUUACCAAAACUAUUUCGUUCCUCCAUCUUAUCAUCACCACCAUCUUCAGGUAAACCCAACUUCUUCAUAUUCUUCUUACCCUCCGCUACCUUUGCCAUACUACAAAACUUAUUCUGCUCCUCCUACCACCACCACCACCACUUCAAGUCUUCCUUCUUGUCCUGCUAUUACCCCUGUUUUUAGUACUAGUACUGCUACUUGUCAUCCUCCUCCUCCUACUACUACUUCCUCUAAUUACUAUCAAUAUUCAUCACUUAGUCCAGAUUGGUAUGGAAAGGUAGAAAAAAAUGUUGUUCUUGAAGAAAACCUAAAGAAUCCAGAUGAUACUCCUAAAAAGGGAAGGGUGGGUAUGGGGAAGAUUAAGAUGUAUAUACCACCUCGUCUUGGUGGGUCUUAUCAUCAUCAACCAGCUAGUGUUAGGACUAGGUGCAACAAGGGCUAUGCCUUUGUUAACAUGAUCAACUCUAGUGGUGCUGCAAAAUUAAAACUCUUCUUGACAGACCAUAAAUGGGGGGUGUACCAGUCCAAAAAGAUUUGUAAAAUCAGCCCAGCAAAUAUACAGGGUAAAGAGGCACUGGUAAAGCGUUUUGAGAACUGCUACUUUAUGUGCGACUCGGAUAAACUUUUGCCACUUUUUUUCAGUCCAUAUCGGGAUGGAUCUGGUGGAUUUGUAGUUGGCCCUCCAUUUUAUCAAAAUGAAGCUGAUGGAGGUCUCAAGCUUACAGCAGAAUAG